CUUAAUUACAAAACCCCAACACCAUCUCCACCAACGUCUCUCUCUCAUGACUACCGUAACUUCCUACUCCGUCUUUCCCCUUCCGCCGACGAAGUUCCGCCGCCGCCGUCAAAGUACAACUCUGCUAUGCACCAAAACCUUCUUCCCUCCAUUUACUGUUCCUCAUCCCUAUAUCCCAACUCGCCGUCGGUUCACCGUCUCUCCUAUCUCUUCGUCUCUCACGGAAAAAAUUGGUGGGAUUAAGAAAACAUGGACUGACCUAAGCAGCUUGAAUUACUGGGUGGUUAAAGAUUACUACAGACUCGUGAAUUCCGUAAAUGUUCUGGAACGUUCCAUUGUAAAACUCUCCGAUGAACAGUUGAGCGCCAAGACUGUGGAAUUUCGUCAGAGGUUGAAACAGGGUGCGAGUCUAGCUGACAUUCAAGCUGAGGCUUUUGCUGUAGUUCGUGAAGCUGCGAAAAGGAAGCUUGGAAUGCGUCAUUUUGAUGUUCAGAUUAUUGGUGGAGCUGUCCUUCAUGAUGGGUCGAUUGCAGAGAUGAAAACCGGGGAAGGGAAAACCUUAGUGUCCACUUUAGCAGCUUAUCUCAAUGCUCUAAGUGGGGAGGGUGUUCAUGUUGUUACAGUAAAUGACUACCUUGCUCAACGAGACGCUGAAUGGAUGGGCCGUGUGCAUCGUUUUUUAGGUCUCUCGGUUGGACUUAUACAGAGAGGCAUGACGCCUGAGCAGCGAAGAUCAAACUAUGGAUGCGACAUUACAUACACCAAUAAUUCGGAACUUGGUUUCGAUUAUUUGCGCGAUAAUCUUUCUGCAAGCAGGGACCAGCUUGUGAUGAGAUGGCCAAAACCCUUCCAUUUUGCAAUACUUGAUGAAGUUGAUUCUGUACUCAUUGAUGAAGGCCGAAAUCCUUUGCUGAUAAGUGGUGAGGCAAGUAAAGAGGCUGCACGAUAUCCAGUUGCCGCUAGAGUAGCCGAGUUGCUGACACGAGUCCUACAUUACAAAGUUGAGCUUAAGGAUAAUUCAGUGGAACUUACUGAGGAAGGAAUAGUACUGGCUGAGAUGGCUUUAGAAACAAAUGACUUAUGGGAUGAGAAUGAUCCUUGGGCUAGGUUUGUCUUGAAUGCCUUAAAAGCGAAAGAAUUCUACCGGCGAGAUGUACAAUACAUGGUUCGAAAUGGAAAAGCUCUUAUAAUCAAUGAGUUGACUGGUAGAGUAGAAGAAAAAAGGCGAUGGUCUGAGGGUAUCCAUCAGGCUGUGGAGGCCAAAGAAGGGCUGAAGAUCCAGGCUGAUUCUGUUGUUGUGGCCCAAAUUACCUACCAAUCACUAUUCAAACUAUAUCCCAAGCUUUCAGGGAUGACUGGGACUGCUAAAACUGAGGAAAAAGAAUUCUUGAAGAUGUUUCAAAUGCCAGUAAUUGAAGUGCCCACAAAUAUGUCAAACAUUCGUCAAGACUUGCCUAUUCAGGCAUUUGCAACUGCUAGAGGGAAAUGGGAAUAUGUUCGUGCAGAAAUUGAGUAUAUGUUUAAGCUCGGCCGGCCGGUAUUGGUUGGGACUACGAGUGUUGAGAAUUCUGAAUAUCUGUCUGAUUUGCUGAGGGAAACAAAUAUCCCCCACAAUGUCCUUAAUGCACGCCCCAAGUAUGCUGCUAGAGAAGCAGAGAUUGUAGCGCAGGCGGGUCGAAAAAAUGCGAUUACUUUAUCAACAAAUAUGGCUGGCAGGGGCACUGACAUUAUCUUAGGAGGAAAUCCAAAGAUGCUAGCUAAAGAAAUUUUGGAGGACAGUUUGCUUUCAUUUCUUACACAAAACGUUCCUGAUGUUGACAUUGAUUCAGGGACUUCAAAAAAGGUCUUAUCCAAGGUAAAUGUUGGGCCAUCAUCAUUGGGCUUGCUAGCUAAGACUGCUAUUCUGUCCAAAUAUGUAAGUAAAAGUGAGAGUAAGAGCUGGACUUAUGAUGAGGCAAGAAAUAUGAUUUCAGAGUCUAUCGAAAUGAGCCAGUCAAUGGAGUCGACAGAGUUGCAGAAGCUUAUUGAUGAGCAGACUGAGAUAUACCCUCUUGGCCCAUCUAUAGCUCUUGCUUAUUUAUCAGUUCUAAAGGAUUGUGAAUCUCACUGUUCUAAUGAAGGGUUAGAGGUGAAAAGUCUUGGAGGUCUUCAUGUGAUUGGGACUUCUUUACACGAGUCUAGGAGGAUCGAUAAUCAGCUCCGAGGCAGGGCUGGAAGACAAGGGGAUCCUGGAUCAACACGGUUUAUGGUGAGCUUGCAGGAUGAGAUGUUUCAGAAGUUCAAUUUUGAUACUGAGUGGGCAAUAAAACUUAUAUCUAGAAUUACAAAUGACGAGGAUAUCCCAAUAGAGGGUAAUGCAAUCGUGAAACAGCUUAUGUCCCUACAAAUUAAUGCGGAAAAAUACUUCUUUGGCAUAAGAAAAAGCCUCGUUGAGUUCGAUGAAGUUUUAGAGGUGCAAAGAAAGCAUGUCUAUGAUCUUCGCCAAUUAGUUUUAACGGGCGAUUCUGAUGGUUGUUCAGAGCACAUUUUCCAGUACAUGCAAGCAGUGACAGCUGAAAUUAUUUUCAAGAAUGUGGAUCCAACAAAGCAUCCAAGCAGCUGGAACUUGGGAAAACUUUUGAGGGAAUUUAAUGGAAUUUCUGGAAAAAUAUCAAAUGACUCAUUUGCAGGGGUUACUGAGGAACAAAUGCUGCAAUCACUCACCCAAAUUGAUGUCUUGAGUUCCACCGACGUUUACGAGUUUCACCUUCCAAACUUACCUGAACCUCCAAAUUCCUUUCGAGGCAUCCGCAUGAAGAGCUCGUCAUUGAAACGCUGGCUAACAAUAUGUUCUGAUGAUUCAAUUAAAGAUGGGAAAUUCAGAUCAACUGUUAAUCUUCUUUGCAAGUACCUUGGCGAUUUCUUGAUUGCUUCGUAUCUGGAUAUCAUUCAAGAAUCGGGCUACGACAGUGCUUAUGUGAAGGAAAUUGAGAGGGAAGUUCUCGUGAAAACUCUUGAUUGCUUCUGGAGGGAUCAUCUUGUGAAUAUGAACCGACUUAACUCGGCGGUGAACGUGAGAAGUUUUGGGCAUAGAAAUCCACUCGAGGAAUACAAAAUUGACGGCUGUAGAUUUUUCAUUUCAAUGCUUAGUGCCACAAGGAGGGUAACUGUGGAAUCUCUGUUACGGUACUGGUCGUCUCCCAUGGAGUCUUAAGAAUUAUAUGUAUAGAAGCAAAUACCGUUAAUUCUGCUAAAGAAAUUCGAUAUAUCCCGAGCAAGUGAUUGCAAAUACAGUUUAUGACAGCCAUCAGAAACAACUGACUGUGGAAACGAUUGGGCCAAAUAACAGGUAUGGAUGGAAUAAACUGCUAAAUUUCGGUUGAUUCAUACCCCUCGUUUCGGCUUAAAAUGUUAGCCUGGAGGUGAAAGGGUCGCGAUGAAAUUGGCCAAUCACACUGUUUCACGUGAUCCUGUCUGAAACAAGUUUCGCCUCCGAUCACAGUUCAGUUCUAACAGGUACGUGAUUUUAUAAUUAGAUUCUCAAGAUCUGAGAAAACAUUCUAUAUUAUGAAAAAUUGAAAUCUGUAGUUUCUUUUAUCUUGAGACGACGUGUAUAUUCGAUGGUAAUAAAUAAAUAAAAAAUAGGCAGAAAGAUGGGUGAGGUCAUGUUAUUAUGUUGUUGGAGGGACAAGUAUGUGCUGUUGUGUCUGAUUUUGUGUUGUGUGUUGAAAAUGGUUUUAGAGAUUUUGCUGUCUUUCUGUUUGGAGUUUUAACAACUUUCUUUGCUCCAUA